CUCCGUGUCCACGCCACGCAAUAGAGUGAACACACACAAACACACACGGAGCGAGCAUCCAGGUCCCACAUCCUGGUACUUUUCAGCGUUGUCAAGGCAGCCUCAGAGCACGACUGGCUGGCGGAAAGUAGCUGCAGUGUCCUGGCAAAAUAUCUGUCCAAAACGUUCACUUAAACUGUCCCGGAAAGUUAGGUGUAACUAAAAGGACACCUGCAUACUGAUGUGAUGUCUGAGAAAUUUGGCAGCUGCUCAGCAGAGGAAACACACCUACUGUUGUAUUAUAUACAUGGACACCAGGACACCAUGUAAAUUCAUUGUGGUGAGAAUUCUGGACUGAGGGGAUGAACUGAAUCAGCGUGACAAGGAAAGAGCCAGUCAGUACUGUUGAAUGAGAACUCAUGGGCUGUCCAAGCUGGCGAUAGCAUGCCAACUGCAAAAGGUAAAGGUGGUUCAACGUCACACCGCUACCGACCUGCUUCUCAGUAUGAUGAUGCUACCCUUGCACAAAAGAGAGAAUACUGGAGAACUAAGAAACGGGAGCAGAGGGCCCGACUGUCAGAGCGAAGAGGAAAGCCAACACAAGACAGUCAAGGCAAAAAGCUCCUCUAUCCAAAUGCCCCUGCGGUAAUGAACUCCACCUUAUCUGGCUCCUUUGCUGCUUUUUCUUCUCCUUUGCAAAGUAAUGAUGAGCCAUACAAAACAGCCAAUGUCUCACCUGCAUCACAGAGUGGAAACACAGUGGGGGACAGCUCAGCUGAACCCACUGAAAGCCAAAAGGAGAGAUGGCUUGAGACAGUCAAAGUCAACAAGGUCUUGCCUCAUUUGCCAGCAUCAUCAUGUUCCCUCUCAGCCAAAGCUGCUGGGAAUGACACAGCCACAGUGAAAUGCCUGACAUCCACACCCAGUGAAACCCAGCUGAACACCAGUUCCUCAGUGCCUCCAGUCAGAGUGACCAGAAUUACCAAUGGCAGCUCCACUAAAUCAACACCUCAGCCAUGUGUGUCUAUGCAGGGAACAUCGGUCCCCAAAACGCAACAUACGACACAAGUUGCAUUCUGCAUUCAGCCCAAACUAUUACCCACCAAUGUGACCACAGGUAUGAUUCUUGUGUCUUCUCCAUGUGCCCCUGUUUCUAUUAAAACAGAAGGCAAGGCAGCGAACACACCUCAAAGUGGAACAAAGAGUGCCUUGGUCACCUCGCAGAGGGCUAAAGGUGUUGUCAACUCACAACCUCUCCGAGAGUCCGAAGAGGAGAGAGCAGCCAAGCGCAGAGAGCACUGGCGGAUCAAAAAACGAGAGCAGAGAGCAAAGAUGGCAACUCGAAUAGCUAAAGCCAGAGAGAGGACGCAGGGCACAGAGAUGACGUUACAGAGACAAACAGCACAACAAACAGGACUUGUGACCAACACCAUUCUUCAGCAUCUUCCAUCUCAGUCCUUUUCUAAAAGAGCAGGCCAGAGGCAGUGUCCUACUCGAGGCAGAAAUUAUAAAGUGCAAAGUGGGGCUAUAGUUAACCUGCAAACAGAUAAGACAAAAGUAAAAAAUCCACAUGGAAACAGUACAACACAGACAGCUGUCACAUCUGAUGUUAUUUCUGUGAAAAAACCAGGGGAGUUACAAAGAAAGCUUUCAAGUUAUGUCCAUCUUUCUAAUGUUUCCAGAGGGAUUGCACGAUGCAAAACACCUAGACAGAGGUUAAUUGAAGCCCAGAGGAAUUUCGUGAAUCAAAGAAAUAUAAGAUGUAAAUCAUCAUUGCUUGUUUCAGUCUUAGGUACCAGAAAUAUCCCUAAAAUUGACCCCAGCGACACCCCUGAGCAGAUUAUAGCCAAACGGCGAGAGUACUGGCGGAUUAAAAAGCGUGAACAGCGAGCUAAGCUGUCAAUGGAGAUGAAGACGCGAUUAAAGGAGAAGGACUCUCUGAUGCGAAGAGUCAAACGUUACCAGAAAAUCCUGGAAGAGAUGAGGAGGGCAAGAGCACUGACGCAAUCAGCAGGAAGCACCCUGAGCCAUGCCUCUGAGACCAUUGGAGGGUUCAUCAAAGAGGAUGGGACAGUGACCACUAACAUUCACCAGGUUCCUACAGAUCACAACAAAGCAGUACACAAAAGUGAAGAGGAGCCUCAUGUAGUUUCUAACAAUACCACAAACACAAAACCUCAGCAUCAGCCUGAUACUAAACAGAGAAAUAUUGUACCCAUUCAUGUAAACCAGCCUCCCCCUCCACUCCGCACAGCUCAGGUGAAAGUCUCUCUUUCUCUUCCUGGACAGUCUGUGAACAAGCCUCCAAGACUACUGUCAAUCAAACCAAGGACUCAUCUUGAAAACACAGCUGUUUCUAAUUCGCACUCACUAGCAAUCCAAACUGUUGGUCAGCUCACGCUCACUCAUCCUCAGAUCCCUCAAAAUGCUGUUUCUGGGGGAUCAGCAUCAGGGUCAAACCUUGGUGGAUGUGUCAUGAAAAUGGCAGUAUCAAAUAGUGUACCAUCAGUGCUCUCUUUGGAUUCAGAGUUGACAGAGGAAGAGAGGAUGGCAAAGAAGAGAGAGUACUGGAGGAUAAAGAAACGUGAGCAGCGAGCAGCUCGUGCUGCUCGACUGAAACAGGGUGUCCUGCAAGCGAGGGCAAAUGCAGCCUUUCAGAGGAGGAAGGCCCAGAAGCAAGUAGCAGUAACCACUGUACCAAUGGGCAGAAGGCUUACUAACCAUACAGGAAAUAUACAACCUCAACCCAACAACGGUGUGCCUGUUACAUCACAUGCAAAUGAGAUGAAAAAAGAGAGUGAGUCUGUGCCAGCAGUUGACCUAAAUUCUCAACCAGAACAAGCCAUCUGUCCAGAUAUCAAACCCCCAACCUCCCCAGCACGACCUCCAGCGCCUCAGCCAGAGCCUGACCUAGCUCUGAACGCAGACAGUCAAGCUACCACUCUUUUAGCUGUGGCCUCUAUGAAGAAACUCCUGGAGGAAUCCCUUAGCACGGUGACAGAGUGUAAAAAUGAGCAAACUGACAUUAAAAUAGAGUCAACACAGGAGGCUUCAGAGCCAGAGAUAAAGCCAAAUUUACCCCAGCUCUUCUUUGAAAAAGAUGAGGUGGCUCCUAUUGCUGCUGACCUGGCAUUGGAGAUGAAAAGCUGGCAGCCAGAUGCUGAUACUUUGGUACAGCCAGGUUUAAUAAUCCCUAGCCUCAAGGACACACCACAAAUUAACCAGACACUCCCACCUCUUCCCUUCUCCAGUGACACAGUCCUGCAUCCAACUUGUGAGCACUCAUCCCAGACCCUUUCCAACUUCACAGUAAACCCCAUGAAAGCCUCUGAUGGCCUAUCUUCACCACGUAGAACCCAGAGGCUUUGCACCAAAAAAGCGGGGCAUCUAAACUGCUGUUCCCCAGAGCCGCCAAAGCUACAUCACCUGGCCACGGAUCAGCUACAACCACAGCAACAACACUGUGAGCAACAAUAUCAGGCGGAAGAACAAAGCCAAAACAGCAACUUGCUACCAGCACAAAGGUUUUGCAGUGUGGUGACGGAGCACAGUGGUUUAACCGGCCUGCAGAGGAAGAGGGAGUACUGGAAGCUGAUGAAGAGACAGCAAAGGGCCAGAAUAAAGGCCAGGCAAACAGGAAGACAGGGUGAAUGCAGCAGUCAGCUUUCCGAGAAAAACAUCCAGGCUCAGCCUCUUCUUUUUAUCAACACUGUUAAGGGUGUAAAUCCUCCAGCAAAACCAGCCCUCCAGCCCAAACCAUCUGUUGCUUCUCUGACUGCAGUGACCAGUAUCCCGACAAUCCUGGUUGUUAGCUCUACAACAUGUAAUGCUGAACAGUCACCUGACACCCUUCAGGUCAAAUUGCCCAUCACCAGUGUCUCCUGUUCACUCAGAAGUGAGUCAGAUUGUCAGACUGAGUCCAACUACCUAGGACCUCCAGAGAAAAAGCAACAAGCCAUGCCAGGGCCACAAAAGUGGAUGUGUAGAAGCACAGAUGUAGACCCAGCUCCCUGUCUCCCUACUCUGAAGCCACCAGACAACCCACUGUCCAGUAUCAACCUGCAACCUAUUGAACCCCCUGGCCAAACACCAAAUUCCACCCCCAGUCCAAUAACAAUCUCUUGUGAACAACUUCAGAUCCCUACACAUCUGUUACAACCUCCCGCCAAGCUGGCACCUGUAAGCACUAUGGUUCCACCAAAGCUCAUCCCAGGUGAGUCUGAGGGGGAUUUUUUGAGGAGGAAACGGGAGUACUGGAGAAUAAAAAAGAAGGAGCAGAGAGCCAGGAAGGCCAUUCGAGAUAAAGGAAUGUCCCCAAGCAAAGCCUCCACCAACUGGAGGCCCACCCUGCCUGUCCAGGACAUACAAGCACAGGAUUCUGCUCAGUGGGUGAGCUCCUCUGAGGAGUCAGAACAUCUAAUGAGCACUUCAAUGGACACGGACCUAGAAUCCUUUCCAUACCCAAGUUACACAGCACCUUUAGAAGAUGAGUCAGAGCUUUUGUUCGCUGACUAUGAGAACAACACCAGUGAGGAAGGUCCUGUCUCAGACACUGUGUGGAGGAACCGCUACCUCAUGGACUAUGAUCCGCUCAACCAGCUGCUGGUGUGCAUGGUGUGUGGAGAGCUGCAGUACUCCCACAGCCUGGAGGGAGUGAGGGCCCACAUUGAUGAGGCCCACCCGGAUACAUUGACCAUGGACCCUAGGGAGAAACAGCGAAUCCUGGAGACCUGGGAUGAGCAAGUGUCCCAGCGGGAACGCUUCUUCACCAGCCAGCUCCAGCAGCAUGGCGGAGCCCUGGCAGAAACACAUAACAGAAGCAGAGUCAACUGAAGAUCACAGACCAGGAGACAAAACCCACACUUCAUUUGUCUUAUUUAUUUGUUGUAAUUUUUUU